CCGCGCGCUGCUGAAAGUCAUGCGAUCGCUCUUCUACUGUCUACGUCUUCUACGUCGUUUCUUAUUUUAAUCAUUUUCAGUUGUAAUAUAUUUGCACUUAUAUAGACGUUUCACUUGAUAUAUACGGCCAACAAUAUUGUCAUGGACCACGACGGUCAGCUACGAAAUUUGCGGGACUUCCUCCUCGUUUAUAAUCGCAUGACGGAAAUCUGCUUCCAGCGAUGCACAAGCAAUUUCAACUACAGAAAUCUGACAAUGGAUGAGGAGCGUUGUGUGGACAGUUGUGCUAGUAAGUUAAUAAGGACCAAUCACCGUUUAAUGGGCACGUAUGUGCAGCUGAUGCCUGUGAUGGUGCAGAAGCGGAUACAGGAGAUGGAGAGCAAAGCUGCAGAACUAGAUAAAGCUGAAGCUGCAGCGGCAUUAGAAAACCCAUCUACUGCCAUCACAGACACAUCAACAGAGUCUCCAUCAACCCUGGAGAUCCCAGCGACAUCCUCUCCAGUGGUGGGGAUGCCCUCAACCACAACACCAAUGCUUGAAAGCCCGAAAAUACCUUCAUCUCCCAACAAUCCAUCAGAUAUUGAGACAUCAUCAUCGACAAAUGGCUCGGCUUUUGGGGAAAUGCAGUCAGAGGGACUAGUAGUACCAUCAGCAGUGAUCUCAACAUCUUCUAGUGUACCUAAAGUAGGUGUAGGUCCCAUCUCAAGUGCAGUGGAUGCACUCAAUCUGAAGGCCAGCAGUGUAACAUCCACAUCAGUCCCUGAAACGCGGUCUGCAGGGGGAGCGGGACAGACCCCCCGAACUCCAUCUUGAUGGCGAUGUGCAGAACAAGGACAUGGCAGAGAUGAUAUGUCUAGGAGAUGUUGUUUAUGCUGCAUAUUCAGUCUUAACAGCCAGAAGUUACAGAAGCCUUUUAAGACUGUUGAUCAUUUUCAGUGGAAUGGGCUUCAUAAGUAUUUAAAUACCUCUAUUACAACGUUGAAUAAUGUUGCUCU